AAGUCAACAUGAAAUUGAUAAGCCAUUCUGGUCUGGAUUAUUAUACUGGAUUUGUAAGCUUUGUAUUAACUAUUUUCAAAACUAAACUCAAUUUAUUACUUCAUGUUAUUAGCUUGAAUAUCAGUGAGUUACACUAAAUACUUUUGAUUUAGAGUAAAUAUUUCAAGAUGUUCAGCAAAUUCACAUUUCUUUUUCUUAUGCUAGGACUAACUCUUGUCUCUAGUAAACUCCAGGAUGUUGAAUUUUUGAAUGAAAUCUCCCAAAAAUACAGUCCACCGGUAGUUGGUCGAAUGAUGCUCAAACGUAUUGAGGGUCGCAUGAAUGAGGUGAAACGAGCCAAUCGUUCUAGAAGUAUGACUGCUGACCAACACUUUCUCUGUACAUCCAUUUACAAUGCUUUGGACACGCUACAUCAUGAUGUUGAAUUAAUGGAUAAAAGUCCAGUUCUUUGUGGAAACCAAAGAUUUGAAAAGGUCAUCAAUUACUUUCUCGGAAAAUUUAAAUGGCUCCUAAAUUUGUACAACAAGGGAUCAUUGAAAGCUUUGCAAUGAACAGUAAAUCUUAAAACAUGAUCCACGUAAUCAAUGUACUGAACAAAUGUUUUCUAUUUUAAAUAAAUUCCAUUUAUAAUGCAA